AUGCCCUGGCAACCUCUUCCACGCAUCGCAUUCGCCGUCGCAACAUUCCCUUUUGUUGCUUCUUCGCCCGCAGAUCUCCCACUCGAGCUUGGAGAUGAGUUAUACAUAAUUGAGCAGGGUGGAAAGGAUUUACAAUGGUUUCGAGGAUAUCUGGUUGCACCGCCCAAUCUGCUGGCUGGUUUGACAAGCACAAAAGGGCAGACUCUUGAGGCAAGGGUUUUCUCUGGCAUUUUCCCAGCCAGUUGCGUAGAAGUUCGGGAGGUGCUAGGGGAUGAUGAGGGACAGAGUCAGGUUUCUACGGAGGACGGGGACGGUGUUAAUGAAAACGGAUUGACGAAUGGUAUUUUGGCAGACAAGAGUUCUAGUGCUAUUAACGGCGCUCAGGUACAGCAGUCCAGAGGAUCAGCAGAAAUCGACGGCGCAAAUGGACAACCUGCCAAGAAGAAGAGAAAGAGUAAAGUUUUCACGAAUGGGAAUGUCAACAGAUACUCAAUUACUGCGAAACGAGAACCCGGUGCGCCAAAGCCAGCAGCUCCAGUACCUAUGCUGAAGAUCGGAGACGAGACACCAACAUCUGCCUCGGAGCCAUUAGUAGACGAAAUCGCAUCCUGUCUAAGAGAAUGGCACUCUACAAAUUUGCACGAGCUUCUACUUUCGAGACAAUAUCACAAAUUGGAUAAGAUGUCAACUUUGGUAAAAACUCUAGAUCUUUCAAGGAGGCAAAUUCUGCAUAAUGUUUGUACGAAACGCGAACUACAAUCUUUAAGAGAGAAGACAGUAUGGGACCUCGUGAGGGGAAACAAAUUGUUAAAUGGGGAGGUUAUUGUUCGGGAUCCUGCUGCUCGCGGUAGGGUACUCACAGGUGAUGAUUCAGCGGUAGAUGUCACUAGACUUCAAUCUAUGAUGAGUCUGCUGGAUGAAAAACCUCAACUUUCGGUUCCAAACGAAAACCUAGCACUACACCAUCUCCAGUUGGAUGUGAAGGCUUUUGUUGGCGCGUCUACAGGAUCCACAACUCUAUCGUUUUUCCUAGCGACGAAAAAGCCAGGUUCGAUAGGCGUGGCACUUUCGGAAACUUACACUGUGGAGGUGCCUGCCAGUGCUUCUCUUUCAAGUAUGGGAAAAUCGGGACAAAUAAGAACUCUGUUUACAGACCUCGCAUCCGCGGACAUUGGAGAUUUACCUUCUACGGAAGGCGAGCUAUAUCUUAUAGUGAAAGUGCAAUCGUCGUCGCAAGUCACAGCGGGCAAACCUACAUCACGUAGUGGAUCAAGAGGCAAUUCGUUUUCUAGGGAUAGUGUUAGUAAGGAUCGAGAUAGGCCUGCACCUUCUGGCGCUGCAGCCAAGGCAGGCAGGAGGAGUUUGAUGUGGGGUAAACCUAAGAAUACACCCAAUGCCGGAAAAUUAAACUCUAUGACCGAGAAUUCCGAGCCCAGCGGUGAAUCCCAGUCCAGUCGAGAUGGCGCCAACAGGAGUUCAUCGUCACGAAAUGGUAGCGAGUCAAAGCCUGGGACUAUAACUCAAACCAUCUCCAAGACUGUUGGAAUGGGAGCUCUAAGGUUGAGCUCGCUGAUGAAAAAUCAAGAUGAAGCUGAGCAUGUUAUGACCAUAUGGUCGCCAUCCACUACUCCUGGGAAUGACAAGCCGAGCCCGAGUGAGGGAUGGGAGGAUAUUAUUCGUGAUCUAAUGACGAGCCAAUCUGGUCAGUAUGAAAAAUCUCGAAGAACGGAACGUCUACAGGUAUAUCUGAAAGCAUUUGACAGUCCAGACGCGGACGGCUUGAUCAAGUCUACUCCGACUCUAUUGUCUGGGAUCUUGAAGACAAAUAAGAUGGGCUUUUCCGGGGCGCCAACGAAACCAAGGUCAGAUAUUUAUGUUACCCUUGAUGAGGCAUUUCUUCCUAAGCAAGCUCUUCUAUCGCGAUCAAUUGGCAGUGCGAUGCCUGUACCCUCAUCAUUUGUAGGAUCGAAUCUUCAAAUUACUAUGGAAGUGAGGAAAUCAAGCGGAGAGCGGCUUGAGGGCGCUAUCUAUCCCUCAUCGAAUGCAGAUGGUCAAAGUUCAUGGGAGUCGGUAGCAGCCGAACGAGGUGAUGCUUGGAACCAGACUCUUCGCUUAUGUAUCCCUCAACAGGAGGUUCCUAAUUGCCAUCUAGUAAUGGUUCUUGCGGACGCACCGAAUCAUCCACUUGCCAUAUGCCACAUCCCACUUUGGGACCAACAAGCCUUUAUGCGAGAUGGGCAUCAUUCUCUGCUACUGUAUAAAUACGACGAAACAACUAUGCUACCUCGAGGUAGUUCGACUGGUAAAGGCGGAUAUCUUUCCUUACCAUGGAAUUCUCGUGGUAAGGAUGAUGUAUCGAAGGACGAGGCCGUCACUGGACCGAUUGCAACUCUUCGUAUUCAGACAUUUUUAUGUAGUACAAAGUUCUCACAGGAUAAAGUGCUCUUACGAUUACUCAAGUGGAAGGAUCAACCGCCGGGGGACCUGCAGCAGCUUCUACAACGACUAGUUUUUGUCUCGGAGAUUGAGAUCGUGAAGUUGCUCAGCGACGUAUUUGAUGCUAUUUUUGGAAUACUCGUUGAAAAUACCGGGAACGAUGAUUAUGAAGACCUUAUCUUCAGUGCCCUAGUUACAGUUCUUUCCAUUGUACAUGAUCGAAGAUUCAACCUCGGCCCCUUGGUAGAUCAAUAUGCCGAAACUAGAUUUAAUUACCCGUUCGCAUCGCCUUGUCUCGUGAGGUCCUUUACUCGGUUACUUGCCAGUCCUUCUGAUCCAGAAACUUCGAGGAAACUACGCGCUACAUUUAAAGUCGUUCGACAUAUCUUGAAGUUCAUCACUCAUGCAAGAGGGCAGCAGAAAGCGAAGGAGGCUGACAUUGGCAUCACCCAUUCCAGCUCAGGGUUCGGCCGCCAACUGCGCCAAAUUUUCAAGGCACUCGAGGGAAUGAUGAGAACUACGGCACCCAUUCUGGUGGGAAGUCAAACAUUAGCUGUUCAACAUUUCCAUACUUGGCUACCAGAGCUUAGCGGCUUGCUUAGCAGGGAGCAGAUUUUGCAUAUUGCCAUCGACUUUAUGGAUUCAUGUGCGUUGGUAAAGGGCAAACUUAUAUUGUAUAAACUUGUUUUAAUUAUUAAUUUUUCUCGAAUGGAUCUAUUUUCUAGGCCUGAACACUUGAAAGCUCUUGCUACGAACACGUCCAAGUGGAUUUUACCGCAUUGGGGCAAAACAACAGAGGUUACUGAACAAUGGAGGGAGCAAGUUCGACUUUGUUGCUCAAUUUUGGCGAUUCAAAUGAAAAAUUUGGGCUCUGAGAUCCCUCAAUACAUACCUAAAAUCAUCGAUUCGUAUCUCGCAUUACGUACGGGCGAAGUAAAGUCGCAAACUCGCUUGUCCUUACUCUUCCCCACAGCAUACCCUUUUCCCAGCAAAGCAAUAGCCGAAGAGGCCGAGUUCGAUGAGGUGCUUGUUGAGCUUUCGGCAGUCUUGUCUGCCAUCUCAAACUUACCUGCAGGCAUGCAGCUUGAGCUUGCAGAAGGUGAUAUGGCGACUCUGAUUGAAGAUUUUCUGAACACACAUUUAAGCAUAUUAGAAUGUGAGGCAUUUCCGCAAAAUUGGUUAAGCGUUCGCAUCUUCCAUCACAAAUCCACACUCAAGACACUCGAGUACCUGGCGGGCAUUCUUCUGGACAGAUUCUUACCUCAUCCCGACGAUGCGGAGAACUACAAUACAGAAUUAUGGAAGGCAUUCUUCACUACUUUACUCAAACUUAUUGGUAGUGAUUCUUUGGCACUGGAAACUUUCCCCGAGCAGAAACGACGAGCGGUGUGGAAAAUUGCUGGCGAUGUGCGCGAGACUGGUGCCGAGCUGUUGAGACGAACAUGGGAGUUCACUGGUUGGGAUACCACCCAUGAGGAGCGACAGAAAUACGCCUUGGCCAAGAUGGGAGGUUACCAAGUCCAAUACGUGCCUGCUUUAGUCGGACCCAUCCUUGAGCUAUGUCUUAGUGUGCAUGAAGGUCUUCGGCGCGUGGCAGUAGAGGUCCUCCAAACCAUGAUUGUCAGUGAAUGGACAUUGAGUGAGGACUUGAGUGCUAUUCAAACUGGAAUCAUCGAAUGCCUGGAUCACCUUUUUAAAUCGAAGCCAUUAACGGAAAGCAUUUUACAAAAACUGUUCAUAAAUGAAUUGUUCACCCUAUUUGAUAAUUUGUCUCGAAACCCAGAUGAUCCGCUGUAUAACGCGGUGAAAGGACUCAUUGGCACCACCGAUGAAUUCCUUGAUCUUCUCGUUGCAGUUCAUAGCACGGAUGUCACUGGUGAAGCUUCUCAUAUGAUUCAUCGUUUACGAUUGAUGGAGUUUCUCCGGGAUAUGCACAAGGAAGAUAUCUUCAUUCGAUACGUCCAUCAACUUGCAGAAUUUCAAACCAAUGCUGGCAAUCACACAGAAGCUGGACUUGCAUUACGACUUCAUGCCGAUCUGUAUCAAUGGGAUCCUUCGAAGCUACUACCACCGCUAGACGAUCCAGAUUUCCCAGCUCAAUCUCAUUUUGAACGAAAGGAGCGAAUCUAUUUCGAUAUGAUUAAGAACUUUGAAGAGGGUGAAGCAUGGAGUAGUGCCAUAGCUGCGUACAAAGAGCUACAAUAUCAAUACGAAGAGAAUGUUUUCGACUUUUCUAAACUGGCUAGGACACAACGAGCAAUUGCCACGAUUUACGAAUCUAUUUCAAAGGCUGACAAAAUUGUCCCAAAGUACUUCCGCGUCAUCUAUCGAGGAAUGGGAUUUCCACAAAGCUUGCGCGACAAGGAGUUUGUGUAUGAAGGCUCUCCCAAUGAAAAGACAUCGGUAUUCACAGAUCGAAUGCAAGAGCAACAUCCUUCAGCCCAGAUUGUUACUUCUGGCGAUGUUGACGAUGUGGAAGGACAAUUCCUGCAGAUUUCUGCUCUGAGCCCACAUCGAGAUAUUGCUCAUCACGUCUUCCAACGUUCUAAAGUUUCUCAAGUGGUCAGAGACUAUCUCCUGUCAGCACAUCCUCGUUAUUUCUCUACCACGUCUCGUCGUACCACUUCGGGUCCAAUAGGGGAUCACUCCGCUGAGAAAAUAAUUUAUACUACUGCAGAUACAUUUCCAACGAUUUUACGUCGAAGUGAAAUUAUUUCCGUGGAUAAGUAUAAGCUUGAUGCUCAUCAGACAGCUUUGGAACGAAUUAUUCGCAAAACUCAAGAAAUGGCAGCUGUGGAAAAGAGAAUCGCAGAUGGUGAAGAUGAUAUUGCACCACUUCUUGUUGAAGCACUCAAUAUAUCCGUCAAUCCUACUUCUGAGUCUAGUGUAGCAAGGUAUAGGGAACUGUUACCUAAUCCUAUUGAUGAUGAGGAUGAGGACGGAGAGGGAGAAGUGAUAGAGUUAAGCCCUGUAGAAAAUGCGCUUAAGAUUGCUUUGAUUGAUCAUGCAAUCAUGAUCAAAAGAUGUCUAGCGAUGUUUGCAAAAUCACCUAAUCUUCACAGUCAGGAUGAUUUACAACACUAUUUCGAACAAACUUUCUCACCCGAACUCGCUUCACUUCAAAUUCCCCAACCGCGUCUCUCAAAUACUUCCCCUGGUCUUGUCCCAGGCUGGGCACUUUCACCGUCAUCAUCAAAAGGAGAUCUAUUGAAUAACUCACAGGGUCAUUUGACACUUCCUCAUUCUCAUUCUUUCACAAAUGGUACUAUUGAUACCAGUAUCCUCGAUAGUCCCAACCAAACUCGCGCUACUGCUGCUUCUAAACGUAUCAGUUCAUUUCUAACUCGAAAUGCAACUUUUCCCGAGCGAGAAAGCCGCCCUCUAAAGAAAGACAAUCGUAAGAGCUUCUUUAGCGGAAAUGGAUUAAGUAUGAAUGGAAUUUCUAUAACCAACAAAGAUCGCGGUCGAAAAGAAGAGAAUGUAGAUGGAUUUCAAAUCACCGAAGAACAUGAUUUGUCAAAUGGUAAUUUAGAAGAUUCAAAGGAAUGGGUAACACAGUCGGAUCUUUCGGUUCAACCUCCACAGGGGAAUUAUACCACGAAUAGUUUAGGUCAAGGAAGGAGAAGUAGUAGUUCUCAACGUAGACCAGAUACUACAGGAACGGGAAGUAGCCAGGGUAUGGCGGGACUGGGUAUGGGCAUGGGAAUUGGAAUGGGGAGUAAUGGGACUGGUCUUGGAGGAAGUGUGAGGAAGAGAUUUAGUAUGUUGAGGUUAGGGAAGAAGGGGAGUACGGUAGGAAGUGGAUUGAGUGGAGAUGUGGUUGAAGAAUAG